UUUUGCUAGGAUAUGUCUAUUGGACCAACAGUGAAAUGUUUAAAUUGCUCAGUGCAGAUUCCAAUGAAUUCAAUCAGGAAUCAUAUGGUUGAAUGUGGAAUGGACAAUCACCAUAUACAAUUUAAGAAGGUCAAGAUCAAUGCAAGUUUUUCUGGAACUCCAUUAAUGUCUGAACUGCAUGAAAUGUUUCCUGACCUUUAUGAUACUGCCAUAGAAGAAGCUGUAAGAGUUUGUGAGGGAGACAUUGAAGUGGCAGUUUCAUCAUUGUUGGAUCACAGCAAAGGAAUAUUACUUAAAGAGGAGAUGCCUAAUUAUGGUGCUGUUGAUAGCUCAGACUCAGAUUCAGAAAAUCUUCAACAGGCAACAGCAGUUCUUCUACAAGAAGGUAAGAAGAAAUUAAUAGGUACAUACAUGCUGCUAAACACUCAUAAAUGCAUCAUAAUUGCAGCAUUUAUCUUAAUUAUUUUCAAAAGAAACAAGUUGUAAA